AGAUUGGGUUAAUGCCUUUAAUUGUUAAACUAUGUUUCGUUUAAAACGAUUAAUCCAGUGGUACCCUGGAUACAGUAAAAUACCAUACUUUGUGUUGGUAUUUGUGUAUAGUAAUUAAGGUUCUUUUUUGUGUUCUAAAAUUUAGUGGAUGGAAAGAAUCCUACCUGUGAUUUAUUCUGGAAGUGUUCAGUGCAAUAACUAUGUUAUUAAAAAUUGCAAGAAUGUUAGUAGUUAUAUUUGUGUACAAGAACAUGGGUGGUUUUACUCAGCGUCCAUGGACUCCAACGAAAAGGCGUGGGCCAAUCGCCGCAGAAUAUAAGAGUCCCGGUCCAGCAUGUGUUUCUCUUCCCUCCUACAUAGGUAAAAAAACUUCGGAAUCGAAAACCGGGCGAGCACCAGCUUUCAGUUUUGGAGCAAGACACAAUGGCAAAACAGAAAGCAUUGGACCUGGGCCCGGACAAUACAAUGUAACAGGACUUAGCGCAAAAGGAAAAGAUACACCUCCAGCUGUUAGUCUUCACGGACGUCCAAAGGAUGCUAAACCGGAAAAUUUUCCAGCACCGGGAGAUUAUAAUCCCGACAAAGCUGAAAAAGUUAUUCAUGAUAAUGCACCUAGAUACACUUUUGGAUUAAAAACUAAUGUUGAAAAACCUUUAGAGACACCAGCACCUAACGCCUAUAAACCGUUUCGACGAACAAAUGCUCAUCGUUAUUCUUUUGGGAUAAGAACACCUACUCACAGAGUGUCUGACACACCUGCACCCAAUGUGUACAAUGUACCAGAUUCGGAAAAAAAGUUGCACGAAUACUCACCUAAAUAUAGUUUUGGUGUCAAAACACCAAAUGAAAAACCGUCCGAUACACCUGCUCCCAAUGUGUACAACGUACCAACUGCCGACAAAGUUUUACAUGAAACUUCUCCCAAAUUUAGUUUUGGGCACAAGGUGCAAUUGGACAAACCUUCGGAAACCCCUGCUCCUAACGUUUACAAUGUACCGAAUGCUGACAAAGUUUUGCACGAAAAUUCACCGAGGUACACAUUCGGACAAAAGGUUCAACUGGAAAAACCUUCGGAUACUCCUGCACCGAAUGUCUACAACAUACCAACUGCUGACAAAGCUCUACAUGAGAACUCACCUAGAUACAGUUUUGGAAAUAAGGUUCAAUUGGAAAAACCUCUGGAAACACCUGCUCCAAAUGUGUACAACAUACCCUCUGUUGUUGGAGAUAAAAAAUCGGCUCCCGCUUACACCAUAUCAGGAAGAAACAAAGAUCUAAUUGAUGAGCGUGUAAAAAAUCCCGGUCCAGGUCAAUACAACAAUGUGAAUCCAGAAAGUUACAAAAAUCAUUCACCAGCUUACACAAUAAGUGGAAGAACUAAUAUUCCCAUUGAUUCAACAACCCCUGGGCCUGGUGUCUAUUGUCCGGAAAAGGUUGACCUUGAUUAUAACCCUGCACACAGUUUUGGCAUUAAGCACUCCCCAUAUGCGGAUCACUAUUAAAUAAAAUGUAAUAUUGUUUACAUUCACUACAUUCUGUUUUUGAAUAUAUUUUUAUUUACUAUAACCACUUAAAUUUUAAUUUCAUAUUUGGUAUUUCUGCUUGCACUUAACGAAAGGUCGCUUCAUUGUUGUUGCAAACAUAUUUAUAACAAGUUAUUAUGAAGCCUUCAUUAAUCUUUGUUAUGUAAGCUAGUCCUAGCUGUUCUCAUUAUGUUUGUAUUGUCUUUAUUUUAGUAAAUAUAUUUAUUAACAAAUGA